AUGCAGAUUGCCGCUCUCGACGAAGGACGCCAAAGCUCAUCCGGCAGUGUACGGCCUAAUCCACUACCGGGACAAGCUCCGUUCGAAGUCGCACCAAGAUCCGAAAGGGAUGAGGCCAGAUUUGAAUUGCCUAUCGCGGUUCCCAGAGGCUUCGCAGAACUUCAGCGCUCUGGAUCAAUCAACGAUGCGCUCGUAGUGCUUGUUGGACGCACAGCCUGCUUCAACUUUGGUGGGCCCGGAGCGAAGAGAAGAGUGCAGGCAUUGUUACGAGAUGUCGUCAUGUUAUCCGGACAAGAGAUCAGUUCACGGCCUGCGCAACGGGUUCAUCAAUAUGUUCGUCUUGCUUGUGUAUGCUUGACCCUCUUCCAAUCGCAGAGAGCCAGCGGGCAGGAGAUUGCUCAAAAUCCGCAAUAUCGGGCUGGACUAGACGCAGCUUGGCAAGAAGCAGUGGCACUUGACCCAGGAGAUUUACAAAAUCCAAGCACAGCGCAGGUUCUUCUGUGGGCAGGAACAAUAAUCAGCUUGACGUGCGGAGCUCUUCCGGCUCCUUUAAAUCCUUUGCUUCGUCUGCUUUGCGAAUACUUGGAGCUCAAAUCUUGGGAAGCAUUACGGCAUCUUCUGAGCAUCUUCAUUUAUCCUGCAAGUUUCCUGGACGCCAGUUGCCGACAAUUCUUCGAGGACGUGACCAGAGGUUGA